AUGAUAUUGUUUCAACUGAAUAUCAAGAAAUUAAUCAUAUACUUGUUGGCUCUCAUUUUUAUAGUAAAUGCCUACUAUUCUUUUUCAAUUUAUCGUGAAUGUGGAAAAAAUAAUUCAUCUGGAUUUAAUUACUCUUUCAAUAGUUUUUAUCCUUGCAUUGCUGUGCUUGUUGAGUUCCGUGCAGUUAAUCAUCUUGUUACUAUUGUUCAUAAUGUUAAUCAUCAUAUUCCAUUAACAUGGCCAAUUCAAAUAUUUCAUGGAAAAGAUAAUGAAGCUUUUAUUAGAAAUUCAACUUUAGCACCAUUAAUUGCAUCAAGAAAAAUCUUUCUUACCUUAAUGAAACAAGUUUAUGGAAAAAAUCGAACAAAUGAAUUAUUAACAGAUCCCAAAUUUUGGCAACAUGUUUAUGGUGAAAAAGUCCUUUUUUUUCAAAUCGAUUCAGCUAUGUGUUCGAAUUCUCCGCAUAAAAUUACCGAUUUUCUUCAAUAUGAUUAUAUUGGUGCUCCAUGGAAUCCAUCUUGGUAUCAAUGGAGCAAAGUAGAUCUCGUCGGCAAUGGUGGAUUUUCCUUACGAAGUCGUAGUAAAAUUCUUGCAUUACUUGCACUUCAUCCAUAUGAUAAUAACAUGCCAGAAGAUGUUUGGUAUUCACAGAAUUUACGUCGAGUAAAUGGAUCAGUUGCGCCAGUAAAUAUAGCGAAAACAUUUGCAGUCGAAUCGCUAUAUUAUGAAAGACCGUUAGGCGUACAUCACUUUCCGUUGCGAUGUACGACUCGUCAAAAAUUGUUUGAAGCAUGUCCAGAAGCAAUGAUGGUAAUGCCAUCAACAUGUAUAUCAAAAAAUAGAAUGUCUUAA